AUGGACAAAGCAAGAAUCUCCCAUGUACUCUCCCUGACAGCCAAGAACAAGUUGUCCCUCUCUGAGCAAAAUGAACUGCUUAACCACCUUCGUGACAUAGCUAGUGCUCCAAGUGAAGCAUCUUGUGAUAGGGAGGUUGAAAGACUCAAGGAGAGCAAAGUUUACAAAUCCCUUGAAGUCAAAAAUUAUGUUGAUAGAAGGUGGUUGUGUGUUCGGGAGAGGUGGUGUAGGGCCUAUGCACCACAUGGAUUCUCUGUGGCAGUUACCACCAACAAUGGAGUUGAGGCACUCAAUAAAUCAUUGAAGAGCUUCUACCUCAAAUUUUCUGGCACAGGAAGUCUUUCAUCUCUGCUUGAAACUCUAAUAUGUGAGUUUGUUCCAGAGCAGUUACUGUCAUACAGCAGACUCAACUUCAUCUACAGUAGUGAAUGCAAGACUUACAAUCCAGCUGUUCCAGCAUUCCUGAAAGACAGACCAAGAAAUUUUGUCAAACAUUGCUUGAACAGUAUCAAGGCAGCUUCCAGCUAUUCCAAAGAACACGUAAAGGUGCUUGGAAAGGAAUCUUUUCAUGUCAAGAGUGAGACAACCUCUACAUGGUACAAAGUAGAACUUGGUGACUCAGAAAAAUACCCAUCAUGUGAAUGCGUCCUCUUCAAAACAACGUUCUUACCAUGCAAGCAUUUCUUUGCCAUUUUUAGGCACACUGACAAAAAAUGGGUUGAUCUUAGCCCAGAGUACCGUCAAAGCCCAUAUAUAACUCUGGAUUUCAAUGUUGCUUUAACACAAGAUCCCCAGAGUAAUGAAAUCAGCAAUCAAGAAGACCUCUGCUUUGAUGUUUUUGAUAGUCCUGUACCAUGCACGGGGAAGCAGAAACUCGGUAGUGAGUCACAGUCACCAAAUGUAGCAGUCGAUCAGUGGCAUUUACGUGAACAGCUCAAGACUUUGCAUGACAUUUCAUAUAUUUGCACUGAUAAAGAAGCUAUCAAGAAUGCAUCCAGAGUUGUUCAUGGACUUUGUGAGACCCUGAAAUCCUGUUUACCCAAGGAAGAAGGACUGGUUCUCCAGCAGCAAGAACCUGCCAAGAAAAACCUAAGGGCUUUACCAAGUCGCUUGAAGAAAGUCAAACAAAAAACAUCCAGGAAACGUAAAACAGUGGCAAUCGAUGAAAAUGAAGAGGAUGCAGAUAUCCAUAAAAAGUCAAAAACAAAUAUACCAGAAUUCCAGAGGACCGAAGACACAGAGAUGGACAAAAACUCUGUUCAGGCAUGUGGUGUGGAUCUCUCCAAAGAAGACUUGACACAAGCAACCUCUAUGACACAUGGUGACCCAUGUGCUUAUUUGUCCCAUAGUGAGCACUUACCCAGGCUGUCAGAGGACAUGGAAUCAGAGGUGAAGGAUAUUCUGGCACUACAAGACCCAAACCUGGUAAUCAGCAAAGCCUUCAAACUGUGUAUUACACAGGGUGACUUGGCAACACUGAAGGAGGGAUGCUGGCUUAAUGACAAGGUUAUCAACUUCUAUUUGUCCUUGCUAAUGAAGAGAAACAGUGAUCAGCUGGGGAGCCUUAAAGUCUUCUUUUUCAGCACUUUUUUCUACUCAAAGCUUCAGAGUGGUGAAGGCCAUGCUGGAGUGAAGAACUGGACAAAAACUCAAGACCUCUUCCUCUUUGAUCUUAUUUUUGUUCCUUUGCACCUAGGCAUGCACUGGGCUUUGGCUGUAAUUGAUUUAAAAUCCCAGACCAUACAGUGCUAUGACUCAAUGAGUCAGAGACAUGAUGAAAUCUGUCACAUGUUGUUUGCGUACCUUACUGAGGAGCACAGGGUCAAGAAAGGAUACAUCUUGGAGGCUUCCAGAUGGACCAUUGGCCGAAUGAGAACUUUUGCAAUUCCUAAACAGUUGAAUGGCAAUGACUGUGGUGUUUUUGUCUGUAAAUAUGCAGACUUCCUUUCUCAAGGAAAGCUACUCACAUUCAGACAGGAUGACAUUCCACUCUUCCGAAAAGUGAUGGUUUGGGAGAUAGUACAUCAGAAGAUCCUGUAAGCCCUGAAGCAACCAGUCCUUCAAACAUCAUCAAACUUUUUUAUAUUCCAUGUUUACAUUGAAUACUUUUUGUGUAAAUUAAAUUUACACACAAGGAUGGAAUUGUGAAUAAUUACAAAGGUUUUCUAUACAAGCAGUGGGAUGUGGAGAAGUACAGAGCUGAAUAAAAUCUGAGGUUAAACUGGA